AUGGCAAGAGUAAGACGCAACAGAAGAAAUCAUCAAAGAAAUAUGGCAAACUUGGCUCCAAACAUGAUUGCUACACCCAACUUUGCAAUUGCUACACCCAACUUUGCAAUCCCAAACUUAAGUACUAUCAGGCUACACGCGGAUCUCUCAAAUGGCGUGUCAAAUUUAUUUGAGCCAGAAACAGCUACAAAUCAAUCGAAUAAUCCACAAGAACAAUUGGGCCUUGUCAAAGAUUUCUUGUCCGGUAUUGAGCUCUCGUUUACCAACUAA